UACAGUAGGUCACCAGAAAAGGGGGUGGAGUGUGUUUUGGGGAAACGUACGUUAACAGUUCUGUAUUUUCAAUUUAAGUUUCAGAAAUAUUUAAUUCUGAAUGUGUGUACAUAUGCUGUGCUAUAAAUUGCUAGUAGAAUACCAAAAAAACUGAGAAGAAUUCACAAUGUUUAGGAUUGAUCGGCUGCAAGUGAUGACGGCGGUAUCAAUUUGUGGUUGGUUGUUCCUGAGCAUCACCAUUGGCAACCUGAAUAAAUGGAUUUUUACAAACCAUAAUUUCAACUACCCAGUAUUUCUUACAACGUUACAUGUUUUGACAACCUACAGUGUCAUUUCUGUCACACUUCACAAGACUCCUUUAGGAAUGGCUUACGACGACCAAUGGAAAAUUUUACCAACAAUCCAGGACCAAAAAAUACAAGUAUUAAGCGUGAUGUUUGCAGCGAGUAUAGCACUAGGAAAUGUCGCUAUUAAAUAUCUUUAUAUUUCAUUUGCGAAGAUGAUCUUUGCGCUGACACCUCUCAUGACAGUUUUAGUGUCAAAAGUUCUGCUUAAUAAAACACACGAUAAGUACACGUAUAUUGCGUUGAUACCGCUUUUUAUAGGAAGCGUGCUGUGUACUUUAGGGGAGGUUAACUUCAGCGUUAUUGGGUUUUUAGCUGCAAUUCUAUCUACAUUUCUGAGGUCUCUGAAGUCUCUUCUUCAAGGUUUUCUUUUAAAGGAAGAGCGUAUAGAUUCCAUCUGCCUCCUUUAUUACAUGUCGUUACCGAGUCUCCUCCUGCUUCUAAUGGCAACAGUCAUCUUCGAAUACCAUGUCAUCUGGGACCUAAACCUGUACACCAAUAUCCGCCUUUGGUGUCUCAUCUUGUGCAGUUGUUUUUGUGCCGUCGGCUACAACAUGAUGAACUUUGUUGUGACGUAUUUUACAUGUCCUAUAACGUUACAGGUACUCGGCAACAUCAGCGUUUUACUAAAUGUACUUGUUUCUGUGUUUAUCUUCAAUAAUGAAGUGUCUCUAUCUAGUUGGAUUGGUAUGUUUGGUAUUAUGUUGGGCACAGUUCUAUAUCAUAAGGUGCAGUUGAUGAAUAGUAUGCAAUGGGCCUUAAAUCGAGGCCGAUCGAACAAACAAAAAUGAUUUACCAGUUCAUGUAGUAAUAUUUGUGUCUACUGUAACCACCCAAACUUAAAGAAUCCAUUUAUUUGUUUAUUAAACACCACCGAAGAAACACCGAAUGAUACAGUAGAAAAAUAUUUCCACCAGUGUUUUGCAGAACCCACAUGAAGAAUUCUACAUGCGUGCUAUCACUGGUGGCGGCACUGGGUGGGCCUAGGUCCACCCAAAAAUUUUAGUGGCGACCCCUGGCCCCAGCCUCUUUUUCUCGCUACAUGGUAAAGUGCUUACCGGGCCCACCCAAUAUUUAAACCUUGCCUGUGCAUGGUAUCACUUACUGUACAUCAUCUCAAAUAACCAAGAUAAGUUAAUUGCUUGCAAGGGUGGAAAAGCACUCGUUCCAUGAUAAUUCCUAAAAAUACAAAACUUGGGCUAAAGCAGCAGUCAUAAGCUCCCACCACAAGCUCAUUUUCGUUUACAUAGUUGUAAAUGUGCUUAUUAAUACUUAUGGUUAUUGGGUGUAGUAGAAUGUAAGGGGACACCUUUAGGAACAAUAAAAGUAUCUCCAAAAGAAGGUACUGUAUCCUUUAAAUAUAGUUUGGCUGUAGUGUUAAAAUAUAUAUUUUUUCUUGCUUCACUUGACACAUUUUGUCCUUAAUUUGGGUAUCUUCUAAGUAGGUGUAGUGUCCAGAAUGAAGUGUUCUCAUUUACUGUAUUAUUAUACCAAAAAUAAUUUUUCCUCCCUCUGUGGAUGGAUCCUUUGUACUUGUAUUAUUAUUAUUAUUAUUUUAUUUUCCUUCCCGUUACAACUGAAAAGCCUAGAUUUUUGUUGAUUUUUUUUCUUCUAUCCUGUUACCAUUGUUUUCUAUCCUCCACUGUGGUCCUUUUCUGCGCUUUCAUCUUCUUCAAACUUCGUCCAAGGAAAGCCUAUAUAAUAUGGAAGAUGUGCAUAGUAAAACAAACUUCAUACUAAAUAUAUUUUAUAUUAAUUAACUGGUAAUUAAACUUCUAUUUUAACGCAAAUUGCCACAAUUUGCAUUUUCUUUGCAAGUUUUAAGGGUUCUAAACUAAUUUAUUAUGAAAUGCAUAAUCUUCACCCUGGAACUAUAAAAUUUAGGUUAAAUAUUAUUAAUUCAAUUUAUAUAAAUGAUUAUCAUUUCAAUGAAUUUAACAAUAUUAUUUCUAUCAUAUUAGCAUAAUGUUAAUUA